GCAACAACAACUUUGCAGCAUUUCCUUCUCCCAUUCAAACAAAUUUUUUUUAACCUUUUCCCAAAUAAAACCAAUCAUCCACCAAGAACAAAAGAUGAUGUUUUUCAUUCCCAUUUUAUCUACCAAACCCUAAUCCUUUCAGCAUAAAGGAAGGCUCAAGUCAGAGGCGAUUUUUGGGGAGGAAGAGAGAAGAGAAAAACCAAAAAAAUCUCAUUUUUUCAUCACUUUUCCAAAAUCCGAAAUUGACUCAAACACUUUCUAAACUUCAAUCCUCUUCACCCAAAAGCCUCUAAACACUUCCAGUAGCUUGAAACAACAAUAAAAACGAAGGAAAACCGUCAAGAGGAGCUUACUCAAAGUUCAAAAUAGCAAAGAGAAGAGUAGGUGUUAACCCACCAAAACAAAGCUCGAAACCAAAAGAAUGAGGACCAUUUCGAAUGAAGAAAGACUGGCGUUCUUGGCGAAAGCUCGUCAACAAAAAACCAAUCCUGCUGCUGGCGUUGCCGAUCCUCUGAGGCAGCUACAAGUGGAGGAGGCUGGAGUUAAAGAGGGACGGAGUAAGAGAAAGCAUGACGGGCGCAUCCCUGUUGAGAUUCCAGGAAAGGCGGCUGCUAAAGAGGGUGUCGUCCCGCCACUUAAAAAACAAAAAACUGAGAAGACUAUCCAACCAGCUGGAGAUGCCGACAAAGGCAAAGGCGUAGCUUCUAGUUCUUCUCAGCCUCCCUCCCAAGACGCCGAUGCCGAUGCUCCUCUUACCUGGAGCUCUUUUGAUCCCUUUGAUUUCAUUGAAAGGGGAGUGACUAUGGUUGGCGAUAUGACUCGCUUCACCAACACUCCUACCGCAGAUCUCAGGAAGAAAGCUUUGGAAUACGAGGUGAAGGGCACUCUUCUUAAUUACUUGCUGACAAAUCGCCAAGAACAAGAGGUCCAAGAGGCGAAGCAGAAGGUGAAGACCGUUGAUGACAACCUUGCUGACAUUGAGAAGAGAUAUACUGAGACCAAGACUAAGUUGGAGGCAGAUAUUAAGAAGCUGAGGGAUAGCCAGGAGAGCGAGGCUGAGAGGUUGAAGAAGGAAUAUGAGGAUAAGCUGGCGAAGGUGAAGGAAAGUUAUGCCGCCUCCGAGACCAAGCUGAAAGAGAAUGCUGCUGCUCAAGAUGAGGUGAUUUCUAAGCUUUCUAAAGAGAAAGAUGCAGCGGUGUUCUCCGUGGGGAGCUUGGGCGAAGAGAAGGAGAGGUUGGAGACUGACGUGAAGGAGCUUCAACUGUAUGCUGCCAACCAGUAUGAGGAAGGCUUCGCCUAUGCCCUUGAGCAAGUCAAGCUUCUUUUCCCAGACCUCGACGCCAAGCGCUUAGCUGAAGCUGAUGCGAUGAACCAGAUUAUUGACGGAAAGCUUGUUCCCUAUGUACCUCCCAGUGAAUGAUAUGACUUUGUUUGUAAUGAUUUUUGUUCUCGCCCUUCUGUGGCUUUUUGUAACUAUUUUGUAUGCCCUGUUGUGGCUUUGAACAAUUUGCCCCUUGGCUGGGUCCUUUAUAAAUUUCUUUAUUUGCCUGAUUUCUUCUCUUCAUAACUUUAUGGAUUUGCAUUACGUUGAGAGGUAACGCCUUUUGUCGUUCUUGCUUAGGAAACUUUAUCCUUGCAUCUGCGACAUCUUCGAUUUUCUAUAAUAAUUGUAAAUUGAUACAAAUAACUUUAUACCUGUUGUUUUUUGGUGGUUGCAAAUGAUUUGGCGUUGUGAUGAAUCGCCUUGCUUUGGUUAUGUAUAAGCUUUUUCUGGUGGCGUCAAUAAUCUCGCCUUUCUUCACUGUAUCUUUUUCUGACGUACCCAACUCGUAAGACUUACAGGUAACGCCAAGGCUUUGCAACCUUUUUAUUUUUCUUUUUCUGACGUACCCAACUCGUAAGACUUACAGGUAACGCCAAGGCUUUGCAACCUUUUUAUUUUUCUUUUUCUGACGUACCCAACUCGUAAGACUUACAGGUAACGCCAAGGCUUUUCAACCUUGUUUAAUUUUUCUUUUUCCGACGUACCCAACUCGUAAGACUUACAGGUAACGCCAAGGCUUUUCAACCUUGUUUAAUUUUUCUUUUUCCGACGUACCCAACUCGUAAGACUUACAGGUAACGCCGAGGCACUGUAACCCUUGUUUAAUAAAUUUUUUUUUUUCUGACGUACCCAACUCGUAAGACUUACAGGUAACGCCAAGGCACUGUAACCCUUGUUUAAUAAUUUUUUUUUUCUGACGUACCCAAC